AGUUAGGCAAAAAGGAAAAGGAAAAAGAUUCAUACUUGUCACAGUAUUAAGUGUAUCUGUAGAAUUGAUACUUGUCACAUUAUUACAUCUCAAAAGUUAGUUGAGGAGACGUUAAUGAAAUUAAAUAGACUCUCAAUUGGGCUUGAAAACAAAAAACACAAAUCGUCUCGUGACUUGUUAGCCGUCAUCUUCAAGGCACAAAAACAUUUACACAAAACCAAAAGUUUACUCCUUAUCUCUGAUGCCGUUGUGUUUACUCAUCCUCAAACUCAAGUAGUCUCUCCUCUUUUCUCUCCCCACUCACACACUCUCUCUAGCUGCAGAAGAUUAUUGAUUUACGCAUCUCUGAAGAAGCUUCCCCCUCCAUCUCUCUGAAAGCAGCAAACUUAAUUUUGAUGCACCUCUUCUCUCAACAAGGCAGAUGAAGAAAGAAGCAGUCUCUGUGCGCAGAAACAUGGCAAAGAAGCUUACUCAUGAUGACUCCAAGACAAGCGAAUCUCCUUCAGUUCCUGUUCUUGGCUUGUUGGAUCAUGUUCCAAACACUGCCUCUGUUGUUUUCAAAAGUCACUUGGAGAAAGCCAAUAUUGAUGGAAACCUGAGAAGACAAGUGAGUUCAAAGGGUAAACAAGUAGAGGAAGAAGAUGAUGAUGAUGAUGAUGUCUUCUCUGAUGCCCUUGAUACAUUGUCUCUAAAGCAUAGCGUAAGUGGUAAAGUUGAAGCAACGAAACCGCCAACGGCAUCAUCCGAGGAUCCUGAUCAAUCUCGAGAUUUCAUGUUGAACCGUUUCUUACCUGCCGCAAAGUCCAUGACCAUGGAGCAACAACAAACUGAUCAGUAUGCUAUGAAGCGACAACCAUCAUCUCCCUUGAUGGCUAAACCAGUGAGACAGAUUAGAGAUAUAGUACCAGCUGCAACUCCUAAGAGGUAUGAGUAUAACACCACUCCAUCAUAUUAUCAGGACAUAGAUGAUGAUGAUGAUGAUGAUGAUGAUACAAGCGAUGAAGAUUAUGAAGAUGAAGCUUCUGAGUAUCUAUCUAGGAGAGGCUGUGGGAUGUCACCACAACUCUGCCUUGGUAUGUUGACCUCAGUGCAUGGUCUCAAAGAGAAACCUUACUCCCUAAGAACCACCUCAAGCCAUGAUCAAGUGAAGUCAAGCAAGGUCUCUCAACUCAAAUCUCGGUUUCAAUCUGUUAAAAAGCUGGCUCUUGAUAAGUUUGGAAGCAGAGCUCAGUCUCCAGUACAUCCAAGUGUUGAUACAAAUCAGCGUACUGCAAGUGUGCCAUCAUCUCCUUACAGACAAACUGGCUGUUUGUCACCGUAUCGCAGUGUAGGAAACUGUUCCCCUCUUCACUCUGCUGGCUUCUCCGGGACUACUCGUAAAGAAGCGGAGAUGAUGAGAGCCAACAGGUUGAACAAGCACAUCAAGAACCCAAAGAAGUCUCAGGACUUACUCUAUCCAAAGAGUACAAGACUUGACUCUUCUACAAGCUCUGUCAUGGAAAAGACUUUACACGUUGACAAAGAUAAAUCUCCAAAGACCAGCAAUGUCAAGAUCUCGCCGGAAACAAUAUCAGAGAAACCGAAAGCUGUAGAGUCCAGCCUAAGUAUUAGAAGUGGAAUCAAGAAGAUGAAGGAAGAUGAUUUGGACAAGAGCAAGAGUGGAUGUGAUGGGUCUCCACUUGCUCUGCCGACACCUAAGAAGCCUUCUGAGUCUUGGCUUUUACGUAAUAUGCCUUCAGUAAGCUCGAAGAUCUCUUCGCGGAGAUACUUGCUUCAUCCCCAAAAGAAGGAUCUCAAAGAAAACUCCACAAGUGUUGUGACCAAGUGGGAGACUAUAGUCAAGACCUCUUGUAUUCACAGAGAUCAUAUACGCUAUUCCGAAGAACUCGUUGCUCGUUCAUCUUGUCAAUCUACAACAUAACAGAUCAGACCCCUUGGGAUCAUCAGGUUGAAUCUACAACUUCAUAGGUGUAUCUUUUGUGAGCAUUAGAUUGAUUACAUGUGUAAUUUAGACUUCCAUAUUAUGUCAGUUUACCUUACCUAGCUAAUAAGAAGAUACAUUUGUUCCCAGUAAAUGUUAUGUUCAUAUCUUCAUUCAGGUACUAACAUAUAAAAGUCACCGAAACUACAUGUAACACUUGGAUCAUAUAGUCUAUCUCUCUUAUGAAGCAUACUUAGUGACAAGACAGUUUUUU